AUGAAUGUGGAACAAUUGAUUAAAAAUAUUUAUAUUCGUUUAAAAACGGACAUUGAUGAAUAUCGUGAACAUUUUCGGCGAAUGAACGAUAGAGAUGGAACAAAUGAUAUUGGUUUUAAUAAAAUUUAUCAACAACUAUUGAAAAAUAAUAUGAACAACAAUUUUAUAACAUUUUUACUUUAUCUAGAUGGAAUAAGUCUUUCGAAAUCUUCUAAACUGAAAAUGUGGCUUCUGAGUGGAUCUAUAAUAGAACUACGGCCACAACUGAGAAAUCGCCGGUACAAUAUGGUACUAUUUUCUUUAUGGUUUAGUUAUACUGAACCAGAUGCACAAAUUUGGUUAAUAAAUUGUAUCAUAAUAAAUCAUCAUCAUCGUAUAGAUAUUAAACUUUUAUCUAUUACCGGUGAUAGUCCAGCUCUAAGAAAUAUUCUUAACUUUAUUGGACAUGGAGGUUACUUUUGUUGUAAUUUUUGUUAUACUCGUGGUGAACAUACUGGAAACAAAAGACAAUACUUCUAUGAAAAAAAACCUGUUCUUCGUCAUAGCUCAACAUAUGAAAAAGAAUCAGUAGAAGCUGAAAAAACUAAAGGAAAUAUUCAUGGACAUAAAGGUACAUCAAUUUUAAAAGAUAUACUUGAUACAAAACUACCUCAAGGUAUUAUAAUCGAUUAUCAACACGUGAGUUUGUUACGACAUACAAAAACACUUCUUUAUCAAGUCUACAAACAAUUUAGUCCUUCUCAACGUCAGUUAUUUGAUAUUAAACUGAAACAACAAUGUUUUCCACAUUUUUUUAACCGACGUAUGAAAACAUGUAAGGACUUAUCAUUCAUGAAAGCUGUUGAAUUACGCAAUGUAUUGAUAUAUGGUCUUUUACCAUUAUCUUAUGAAUUCAUAAAUCAUGAACAAUUAGCUCAUAUGUCUCUAUUUAUAUGUGCUAUUAGGCUCUACCACUCUCAACCACCAAUGUUCGGUCAAACAACAGCAACAAUAGCAAAUCAACUAUUCAAACAGUACUAUAAAGAUCACAGAAAAUUUUAUCAUCUCAUACAAAAUUAUGUUCUACAUUUACAUGCUCAUUAUGGUGAUCAGUAUGUUAACUACGGAUCUUUAUCUAAUAUUGGGUGUUUUUCUCAAGAGGAUUUAAUCGGGCACAUUAGUUCAAAUACAUACGGUACAAGAUAUUAUGGUGAUCAAAUAGUUCACUACUAUAAUAUAAAUUUUUCAUUACAUAAUCGAGUACCACAUACAAAAUAUGAUAUACAUUCUAAACCAAUAGAUUUAAAUCCUGGUUUUAUCAUUUAUAAUUAUACAAUAAUCAUAGCACAUCAUAAUCGAAUAUGUAGUUGUUUGAAUAUACCAAAAUGUAUAUCCAUUUAUCGUCGAUGCAUUAUACGAAGAAGUUACAGCCAAUGUAAUACAAUUUAUGAACAGAUGACAUCAGAUGAUGUCGAAGAUGAAAACGAUGAAGAGGAACAAAUAAAUGAAUUAGAAGAAGACAUCUUAUCUACCGAUGAUAACAAUUACAGUCAAACACAAACACGUUCACCAUUAACACAGAAAAGAAAACGAUCUUCAUUAACGAUAGCUGAUGAUGACGAAGAAUCUGACAACGGUUUAUCUGUACCACAACAAAACUUAUCAACAAAACAAAGUCGUUAUAUGUUUUUAGCUCAUGUUUUGUACCAAACAAUCGAUCAAAUGCAGCAUACAGUUUUACAUGGCCUAGAAAAAAAACUAAAAGCUUUUAGUAAAAAGGUUGAUCGAUUGGUUCCAGCUUUAGGUGAUUAUAGUUUGGAUUCAUACAGAGAAAAGGAUGAGAUUUUUAAUGGUAAAGACUUGUUAACGAUUCGGGGACGUGACAUAUACGACUCCGGUCGACAAAUUCUAAGAGAAUUGUUUACACCACAAGAGUUAAACGAAUGUAUUUUACCACCUGGUAGAAAACAUUUAAGUCGGCCUCCAUUAGAUGUUGAUCGCUUUAACAUUUUUCAUGAAGCUGUUCGUAUUAAAUAUCGUUUAUCAGCAUUACAUUAUGAUUCCUGCUUUUCCAAACUUAUUAAACCAAGGAUGUCAGAUUUUCUCAUUGACGAGAGGAAAAGACAAGCUAAAGCUUUACUUCGACAAUCGACAGCUACAGAACCAACACCACAAGCUCUUUAA